AUGGCCGUCCCAUCAUCAUACGAGGAGGUGAAGGCUCAUCUUCAGCAAAUUCUGGAUGAUCCUUCCACUCCUUUGGAUAUAACCCUUCUCGACAGACUGAAGCUGGAGCUUACAGAGAACACUGAUCGCAGGGUGCCUGGGACACUUCUUACACAGAUCUCACAACUUCUCCCGGUUCUUCAGGAAGAUCCGGCCCCUAUUACGACUCUAGGAAUCAAAGCUACAUCGUUUUUCUCUUUCACAGACAUUCGUUCUAUCGAGCCUCCGAUUGACUUCAUUGCGGGCUUCAAAGCGCCAUCACCACCGGUUAACCUUUUGGCUCUAUCUCUGCUGAGCAAAGCGGGACGGAACUUCAGUGAUGCUGCUAUAGUCGCUAGUGACUCGGAGCUUGUGGGGUCCUUGGUUGAACUUUGGCUAUCCACCACUUCCACAGCUGUCGCUCAAGCUUCUCUUGAUGUUUUGUGGGCCCUACUAGAGAUCGAUCUUGCAAGUCCAUUGGACAAUGACACACAUACUCGUGGAGCUGGACAGACUUUCAGUGGAAAAGGGCUUGUUUGGAGGCGCGUGUUCAAAGACAAGGAUGUUUAUGGACGCAUAUUCUCCUUGUGCAGUCUUGCGGACCGUGAACCAGGCGGUCUUCCAAAACGUGAGAGGACGGUGGCCCAAGGUAGACUGAUGGGGUUUCUCGUGAUGGCAGGAAACUUACGAUGGGAUGUGAUUUCGAGCUCACAGCUCCCUGAAAUCGAAGCUAAGUACAGUAGUCGCAGCAUUCUGGAUUAUGCAGCCUGCCAUAUGGUCGACAAGAGGGACGUUCUGAUGCACAUGACUUUGUUGAAUUUUCUACGAGACCUUCUAGAGAUCAGGGCUCCUGGACUUCGGGCCAGAGCAUCCGUUUACUCCACAUCGGCUUUUUCAUCUCCAGCUCUUGACUUUUUGAUCACUCACGAUCUGCAUUCAAGUGUACUGGAGUAUUACUUGGACGAAACCAAACUGGAUCCGCUAGAUUUACGGUACCUUUACGGACCUAUCAUGGCUUACGUCGCACAGUAUGCGGAGCUAUAUCCCAACCACUUGCUACAAAACCCAAGCAGUUUGCUUGACAAGAUCAUGUCGCGGGUCUCCGCAUCCCUCGCCAUUUCGUCUGCACAGUGGGCUCAUGGUCCAACCCCCAGUGGCCAACUUAAUGUCCUUGCCUCUCUACCCCGAGUGUUGCUUGUAGAAGCCAGCAAGCAUGGGGUCAAUCCCGUUCUGAGUAUUCCGACGAGUCCUCCGUGUAAAGAGGCACUGGAUGCACUGGCUAAGGUCUUUCAUGGGCCCAUGAAAUCCGACGAUUUUGUUGAUUUGGUGGAGUUGAAUACCUCUGGCCAAACACCAACGAAUCGGUCCAAAGAAGCUGCCGCGGCUCGGAUACUCUACUUCAUGUAUCUGAAUGACCACGCCAACUUUUGGACAGAUAUCGUAACUGCAGCCGACCUUUUGACAAUGAAGGAUGUAUCUUUAGCAGCCAUAUCCUUCAUGAAAGCCAUAAUUACGGCAAAUUGGCACGUCCUAUCUGGCGAAGCCACCUCACCUAUUCCUGAUACUUCUCGCUAUCAACUUCCUCUCGAAGAGGCCUUGGGGACCCUGUCUCCUGCUGCGCAGGGCGUACUUCCCUCGUCUGGUGUCUGGGCGGCUCUUACACCCCCUGCCUUGACCGCAUUACUGCCGUAUCUGUUCAAGCCACCACGCUCCUAUGCCGAGUUCGUUGGGGGUGGCGCUGGGGACACUCAAAAUGUCGUCUGGAAAGUUGCUACUGCGAAGUACGAGGUUCUGGUCGCGAUGUACAAUCAGUUGAAGGAUACGGGCGACAAAGUCAAUGGGUUCGAGGACAUCGUUCGUACACUAAGGCAACGGGUCAGUGAAGGACCUUGGGGACCUGCUAUGCAGACUAUGCCUCGUGUGGAAACUGUAGGGUUAUAA